AUGCUCUGUGCAACUUCCAAGCCCUUCUCACCAAUGGAAUUUUAUGGAUGGGAGAAUUGGCAGGGACUCCAGAUGAAAACUCACCGCGGAGUAUUUUAUUUUCCUACAGCGCUAUGUGCAGGAACGGCGCAAGCACCGUAUUUUCAAGAGCUCCUCAAGUCUGUAGCAGGCCUGGAAGAGCAGUUGAUGCAAGGUGGAGAUGAUGAGCUCACCAAAGGCGCAUCUGGAGCAAGAGGUGAUGACACCAAAAGUCUCAAGGGCGUGUGCUCAACUGGAUCACCCCAAGGACAGAGCCUUAUUCUUCCUCUUACUUGCAACAUGAAAAUUGACUGCGGUUGUCAUCAUGAAUGGACAGGCGCAUUGCUCUGUCCUGCUGGCCUUGACUGGUCCAAACCUAGAGCAUAUAAAUACGUUUUCACGUCCCCAGUUCUGUGGAUAGAGAACCAAGGGCCACUUGUUCGGCAAUGCCCGAAUUCACAGAAUGACAAGAGUUACUCUGCCGUCCGUCGCAUAUAUUGCAAUGCAGACACAGUCACUGACCUCGAACGGUUCUACAACUCCAUCUUAGAUAUUUUUGAAGACCCAUGA